AGGAGUUCCAAGUGAGAAGGGACUUUGGUAAGAAAAUAAGACCUGCAAUUAAGAUGAUAAUUGUUGGACCACCAAAAGAGCCUUAUCCUCUAGGGGGGAACAACAAGAGAAAUCGGGGUUUGGGAUGGGGCGGAAGUUGCUGCGGCAGGGUGCAGUAGCAAUCGCAGCAGUAACAGCAACAGUGGGUGGCAGUACGGGCGGGUGUUGGGUUGUUGUGUUGUGUUGUUUGAAAAUGCUAAAAUUGGGUUGUAUGUGGAGACUCAACACCAAGGAUUGGGAUCGCGACCUUGACUUCACUAUGAGGACAGAGGUUGAGAACACCAAAUUGCAGGUGCACGUUGUUUGCCGGACCGAGUUGGCGGCUAAGCGGGCGCAAACUCAGGGCGUGGAACACGAGUCUCUACUCCUGACGAGAAAUCGAUGGCGCGGAUAGUGGGAAAGAAGAUAUAGAUGAAAGAAGGUUGGGAGGCGUAGUAUUUGGUUGUAUGAGGAAGAAGGAGAAAGGAGGAGAGGAGAUGGGGGAGAUGGGGAGAGGAAGAGGAAGAAUAAGAAGUGUUGUUGACGUGUUUAGAAU